GAUGGGGGGAGAUGGUUUUUUCGAUUUUCAAACGGGAUCCACAGCAGCCGGCAACAGCGUUUGUCGCAUAAACAAUGGUUUCUCUCUGGUCGUUGGUCGCUGCGAUCGCGCUGUGCAACAAAGACGGUUUGGCGUUACCGAAGGGCACGAAGAUCGUGAUCCGGUUCGACAAAUUCGAAUUCUCCGUCAACGAAACCGUCGGCCGACUGGACGAACGGGACAUCACCAAAUUCGGCGGAGCGGAUUUCCUCAACGUGGCCCUCACGUUCCACUCGGAUUUCAUCAUAUACAAGAUGCGACUGGAGGCCAUCAAGUGCAAGGAGCAUUACAUCGACUGCGCCAACCACAGGACGUUCGAGGUGCAGCCGUUUUGCGGCAACGAGAAGACCAUCUUGUUCUUCCUGAAAAUCGGCUACGUCAACCGGGAACUGAUAUGCAAUUUUCUCAAGGGUCCGUUCGUCGUCAGGAACGCCACGCUCAAUCUGGACAACCUGAUCGUGUCGAUGGCCAUCUCGUUUGACAAGUGGUGGGAAAAGUCGUGGCGGUGGAAGAUCGACUUUUUCGCCAGCGACGGUUCGGCGUUGUUCUGGUACGACGGGGCGCACCAGACGCUGCUGCUGAGCAGCCGGACGCGCAAGCCGUGAGCGGAGUUUUCUUCGCGGCACUACCAACGCGUCGACACACACACGCCUGCCAACUCAAAACACCAGUUUGCGGCGGCGUGUCGUUGAAAUUGUAAAACUAUGAAAAAAUAAAAACAAAAUAUAACGACUAUCGUGACGUAUUGAUUCGUUGUACGUGUGUACGUAUAUGUAUUGGUUAGUCCGUCGAC